CACAGCAGUACAGACCUACUGUGAUCUGGAACAACAGGUUCAGAAAAGCCCAGACAGAUUUUGUGGUUCAAAGUCAGGUUUGAUUUGUGUUUCCAGGUAUUUCUCUCUCUACAACAAGAUGGAUUUGACCUCAACUGAAGACUGCAGGUCUCCUUUUGUCAGCGACCUGAGGAUCGUCCUGCUGGGGAAGACUGGAUCAGGAAAGAGUGCAACAGGGAACACCAUCCUGGGACGACAAGCUUUUACCUCAGAGAUUUCUCCGUCUUCUGUGACAGAGACAUGUGAAAAAGACACCGGACACUUUGAUGAAAGAACUGUGAGUGUGGUCGACACCCCUGGGGUCUUUGACACAUUGAUAAAGGAGAGUCAGUUGAAAACUGAGAUAGAGAAAUGUAUCAUGCUGUCUGACCCAGGACCCCACAUAUUCCUGCUAGUAAUCAGACUGGAUGUACGUUUCACUGAAGAGGAGAAGAACGCCGUCAAGUGGAUCAAGGACAACUUUGGUGAGGAAGUCUCCAAUUAUACACUGGUGCUGUUCACGAAGGGAGAUGAGCUCAAGGGGAAGUCCAUUGAGGACAGUUUAGACCGAAGUCCUGAACUCAAGCAGCUCAUCAGUGGCUGUAAAGCUGGGUACGUUGUGUUUGACAACACAUGCAUGGAAAACCGCACUCAGGUGGAGGAUCUGUUUGAAAAGAUAGAUAAGAUAGUGCAGUUUAAUGUUAACCAUUAUACCAAAAGCAUGUAUGAAGAGGCCCAGAGAAAGAAGAAUUUGAAGGAACGGUGGAGCAAGUGGGGAGGCUACAUGAACACUGCAGGUAAUCAGUUGAUGAUGCUAGCAAUAGUCACAGCUGCAGUUAACGCCCCUGUAGCUGGAGCUUCUGUAGCAGCAGCUGCAUCCAUAAGACCGUUGUUAAUGCUCACAGGUGCAGCCAUUUCUAAAGGCAUCGGGAAGUGGAUGAAACCUAAACCAGACAGUUGAGUUAUGUCAAGCAAUGACCCUUUAAGCAAUUUGUGAAGUCAUUCCGUAGAUUGAGCAAAAAUUCAUAUUUGUCUUUUUCUUGGUCAAAACUCAAAUGCAUUUCUCCAUUUCAUUUAUGUACAUUCAUACAUAUGUAUCACAGAUUGCCUGCUUUGAACGAUAAAUGAACCUUUUAUGACAAAUCCUUCAAAUGUUGAUGCUGUACACUCUUAUCCUGAACAUAAUUUUGUGUGGAGGACACUAUAGGGAAUGGGAAUGUGAUGUCACCGACAGCAAGUCGGACAUUUUUGGAGGAUAAAGGGUAGGAGUGCCAUUCACUGGCUGUUCACUGCAAGUGUCCAAAAAUAACACAAAACACGGCACAGUGAAAAAAAUUCAGAAGCCGAAUUGUAGUACAUAUAUGUAUAUAUGUAUAUAUGUAUACAGUAAGACACAAAGUUAGGCUAAUGUUAUGGAUUUCAUUUUAGAAGAUACUGGUAUAUAUGUAAGGGAUAAUGUACAGCAAGCCAGUCAUUGUUGUGAAAUAAACUCCAACAGGGCGAUGCCGCACGCGAAGUGGAGGGGUCUCGCAUCGCCCUGAAGGGGUUUA